AGGAAGUAAAUAUUGAAGUUUAAAAUGGCGUCUGGUGGGAGUGAACAUUCGUCCGACGAGAUAUUUAAUUUUAAAUGUUCGCCUUGUUUGGACGAUAAACGAAAUAGAGAAGCUACGAAAUACUGUGUGGAAUGUCAGGGGUACUAUUGUCAAACAUGCGCCGACAUGUUUCACAAAAUGCCGGGAUUAAAGAGUCACACAUUUUUGGAUCAGACGAAUUACAAGUCGUCAAGUGGCAUCGGAGGAUUGCCAGCAAUACCCACUCAGAGAUGUAGCGUUCACAAGACAAAGAUAGUAGAUAUGUAUUGUGGUAAUCACGACGAGGUUGGUUGUACAACUUGUAUGGCGCUCGACCACAGAUCGUGCUCUGGCGUUAAGUCAAUUCCGGAUAUUGUUGACAAAGCACAUAGCACGCAAGACAUCAAAACGUUAAACAAAAAAUUGAAAGAUUUAAAACAGUUAAAAGAAAAAUUUAUUGUUGCUAAACGUGCUCAACGAGAAGAAUUAAAGAAAUCUAAAUUUAAUGCACUAAGAGAAAUUAAAAACUAUCGUCAAGAACUCGACGCCAUCUUAGACAACAUCGAGGAAAACUCGAUAGCCGAGAUUGAAAAAAUAUUUCAAGAAGUUGACUCGGAACUUUUGCAAGACAAUACAAUUACAGAAGACGAAAUAGCUCGCCUUGAACAAUCGUUGAAUGAUUUGAAACAAUCAGAGGGUAACAUGGCCCAGCAGUUUGUGUCAAUGAAAAUAUCUUCUUCAUACAUUUCAAAGAUGAACGACGCAACUUUUCCCGAAAAAUCAAAUUUUGAGACGAAGAUUACUAUCAAUGUUGAUCCUAAGAUAAAAAGUACCCUUCAAAAUCUCAAAACGUUCGGACCUGCUGUAAGGCCUUCAACAAAACCAAAAGUCUGGGCAGUGGAAUGUAUUAAAGAUUUAGAUAUCCACCUUCAAUCUGAAGUGCAACCACUUGUGUAUGGAACAUGUAUAACAACAGAUGGAUUCUUACUUAUUGCUGACUAUCGUAAUAAUAGACUAAAGCGUGCAGAUAUACAAAACAUGAUUAUAAAAGAUCAUUGUUCACUUCCUGGAUCGCCAUAUGGUGUGUGUUGUACAAGUGAUAGUGAAGCUGCAGUAAGUUUGGGCGAUAGGUCUGUUCAAUUUGUCUCUUUACACAGCCAACUUUUACUCACAAGAAAAACCAAAUUUAACCACUUGUGUUUUGGCAUUGCAUGUAACGAACAGAAACUGUAUUUAACUGACCUUGGGAGCUCAUUAUAUAUAUAUGAUUUAACAGGUACUUUGAUGCACGUUGUUAGUCGAGACAAUAAUGGAAGGAUCAUAUUCUCCGGCUCGCGACAUAUUGCUUUUAGUGAUGUGGAUGAUAAAAUGUUUGUUGCUAGUUGGGAGGAUGGUCUUAUUUCUUUGGACGGAAAAGGGAAUUACUGUCAGACUUUGACUGAUCCCGAGUUGAAUAAGGUAUCAAGUGUUUGUAAUGAUGGCAGUGGAACUUUGUUUGUAUCCGGGUAUAGCCCGAAUAAUGAAAUACAAUUCGGCAGAGAUAUGAAGAAAAUGUUCGAGGUCAUUAAGCAAUCAGAUGGAAUAAGAAAUAUACAAUCCGUUUGUUUUGACAAAAGAAAACGUGCAUUAGUUAUUGCAGGAGACAGUUGCAAUGUUGUCAAAGUUGCUUUUUUGAAGUAAAAUAAAGUUUUACUUGGGUUUCUGUAGAUCUUUUAAAAUGAAACAACAAAAAUGUACAAAACAUUUCAUACUGUGAUUUGUUUUCAUAAUAACUUGGAAAACACUCUAAUCAUUCCUUGCCUCACCUUAUCUUAAAACGUUGUAUUGCAAUUGUUAAAGAUAUUUUGAUAUAUCUAUCAUGUUCUUGAGCACAUUGAUAUCACAGACAGAUAAAAUACUUGAAAAUGGAAGAUCAGUCGAGAGAAAUACAAAAAAAUAUCAAA